ACAGCGUUGAGCUCGUGCGUGCGUCCGUCUCCAUGCCACGACUCGCUCUUUCGUUCCAUCUUGUGAACAGCGCAUCGGUGAAGCAGCACCGCGACAGUGUUUACAGUAGGCCUUCGGGGCUUACAGGUUUUCAUCUUUGUUUUUGACCGUGUUCAACUGCGAAGGGCUUGCACAGGGGCUAACGCUCUGCCUGCAGACUGAGCGGGAUCUCGCGAGAGCGGUGGCGUGGCUGCUUGGCAGUAGGCUUGCAGUAAGACAGAGGGAGAAGGCAGGCAGCAUCAUGGCGGACAGAGACAGUGGAAGUGAGCAGGGAGGAGCAGCCACGGGCCCGGGUGUCGGUUCCAUGCACCCAGUGACAGGAGGGGCGGGCUCGGCUUCCGGGCUGCAGCACGAGACGCAGGAGCUCGCCUCGAAGCGGGUUGACAUCCAGAACAAGCGCUUCUAUCUAGACGUAAAGCAGAACGCGAAAGGCCGCUUCUUGAAGAUAGCAGAAGUCGGGGCCGGGGGAAACAAGAGCCGCCUCACUCUCUCCAUGUCUGUGGCUGUCGAGUUCCGCGACUACCUGGGGGACUUCAUCGAGCACUAUGCCCAGUUAGGGCCGAGCAACCCAGACAUAGCGCAGGACGAGCCACGGCGGGCGCUGAAGAGCGAGUUUCUGGUGCGUGAGAAUCGGAAGUACUACAUGGAUCUGAAGGAGAACCAGAGGGGCCGCUUUCUGAGGAUCCGGCAGACCGUCAACCGGGGGCCCGGCUUGGGAUCCACGCAAGGCCAGACCAUCGCUCUUCCAGCCCAGGGACUUAUCGAGUUUCGCGACGCGCUCGCCAAACUCAUCGACGACUACGGAGUGGAGGACGAGCCGGCGGAGCUGCCCGAGGGAACCUCGUUAACUGUGGACAACAAGCGCUUUUUCUUUGACGUAGGCUCCAAUAAGUACGGGGUGUUCAUGAGGGUAAGCGAAGUCAAGCCCACCUAUCGCAACUCUAUCACAGUGCCCUACAAAGUGUGGUCGAAAUUCGGCAGCACUUUCUGCAAAUACGCAGACGAAAUGAAAAAGAUUCAAGAGAAACAGCGGGAAAAAAGGUCAUGCGAGCUUCAGCAGCAGCAACCCGAGGAGAUGCACGGAGAUGAAGGGGACGAGGAUUGAUAGAGGAUAGAAACAUGCAAAAAAUAAUCCGAAUAACCUAAAGAGAAAUUAUACGUACUUUGCUGUAAAAAAAAAAGAAAAAAAAAAUAUGAGAGAGAGAGAGAGAUAGUUAAAAGAUAAGUAACUUUAACUCCAAGGGAGCACUACCCACAAAAAUACAAACCUCCACAGUCUGACAGUCCACCCAUCGCAGGAUAUCAUCCACUUACCCAUCAUUAAUACAGUAAGCGGCUGCUAAACCAAGUAAUAACAUUAUAUAUGAACUGUGUUUCCUACUUGACGACAACAGAACUGAGUGUUUCUUUUUCCCUUAUUAACCGAGAACUUUUUUUACACGUUCCAAGAUAUUAUAAAAAAAGUGUUUGCAAUGGAGUUAUUGGCGAAAUGACGAGGAAGCGGUUCCUUUACGUGUGAGCUAAUGACUUCAGCACAAAUCAGAUGUUUUAGUU